CUCGAAAAAGCGGCGAUGCCAUUUGAUCGUCAAUAUUCGACGUGGUCAAGUCAAAUUCAAUUCCGCGAACGGAACUAGCGAGCAUUAGCGACAGUUACUUGGGAAAAACGAUCGAAAAAUUGCGUAGAUCUUCGAUCGUCUGCAGGCGAAAGUGAAAGUAUUCGAGGCGAAAAAGGGUGCGAGAAGAGGCGAAUCCGACGAACGGAAACGUGAAGCUAAAUGGUCGCGGAGCGUUCGGCAUUAGUGCCGCCUCCGGUCCCAGCGCGGCAGCGUUCAGGCGAGUGCUUCUGCCGCGGCAGUAUAGCGGCGGCGAUGUUUGGCUGAGCGGCUAAUGUAUAUAUGUAUAUAGAGCACAAAGCGGGGGACGAGUGCUGUGUGCGCGGCGGCGUUAUUUCCUCUCUCGCUCGCUCGCAUAGGCCAGCGCGACUGUAGACUGUAGAGCUGCACAGUGCGAAGCGUAUACGUAUAUAAUAUAGCAUACAGCCCUGCAGUCGGCGGCGGCGGCGGCGCGUACCUUCGUCUCUUUGCGCGUGUGCGAGAAGGACAGAGAGCGAGCGAGGAGAGAACUUGGUCUCGUCGCUGUGCGGGUUCGACGCGAGAAGACGAGGUUUCGGCUUGUGCUGUGACCCAGCGUGUGUGCGCCCUUUCACGGCCAAGAUGCUGACGCUCGGCCCGAAGAAGGACGGCGGACCGAAUCUCAAGUUCUUCGACUCGUCGGAGGUCCUGAACCAGCUCGACUCGGUCAAACAGUGGAUGCUGAAAAACGCCAAGAAGUAUAUCCAAACUGAUCCACCAACCAACAAGAGCUUGUCCACUCUGGUUGUACAGAUUCUUCAGUUUCAAGAGGAUAGUCUUGGCAAAAAUGUUACUAGGCCUCAGAUGACAAGGAUUCCUAUGAAAUGCUUUCUAGAUUUUAAACCAGGAGGUGGCUUAUGUCAGAUUCUAUUAACAGCUUUUAGGUUUAAACAGGAGCAAGGAUGGAGGCGAUUCGAUUUUCCAGUAGGAAAGUCUGGACCUCGAACGGACAGAAUGAUAGAAAUGCUUGUUGCGAUAGAGCGAGCACUAAUUCAGUCUAGGUGUCUGACUGUACCAUGUGUAUUUGUGAGGUCAGAUGUUGAUAAGCCUACAGCAGUAAAAGUUAAAGAAGUAGUACGUCGGCAUCAAGGAACAAUAGCAGAGAGUGAAGAUGAUGCUACUCAUAUAAUUUAUCCACCUGCAGAUCCUCUAGAAGAAGAGUAUGCAAGGCCAUGCUUUCGUAGGGAGCGCUUUGUCUUGCUGCAUUGGUAUUAUUUUCCGGAUAGUUAUGACUCUUGGGUGAAUAUUGAUCUUCCAUGGGAUUAUCCUGAAUCAGCUCUAGGAAACAUUACCACAAAGUCUACGUACAAAGUAUCAGCUACCUGGGCUCUAGAUUUAGAGCAGUACAAUGAAUGGAUGAAUGAAGAAGAUUAUGAAGUAGAUGAUAGUGGACAAAAGAAAGUGCAUAAAUACCGAAUAUCAGUUGAAGAUCUGAUGGCUACACCAGCACCGCCGUCUGCUAAAAAGCAGAAACGAAAAAGAUCGCCUUCUCCUCCACCAAAGCUUGGCAAAAGGAAGAGCGGGCGAGCUCCAGCAGGUGUUCAAGGUUUGUCGAACGUAUCUUCAACGGGUCCAAAGAAAUCUCGCGGUGGCGCAGAUGAAGAGGAGGAUUUGACUCAGGGGAUGGAGGAUCCACCUGCAGAACCAAGGAUAGUAGAAGUCGUGGCCGCUAAUGCCAACUCACAAAACUCGGGGCAAAACAGCAGCUCCACAGGAGGUAUAAUUUCUGGCAGUAAAAAACAAGAUAAUGAGCUACAACCUCUUAAAUCUGGAAACAUGGCUGAUCUCGAUGAACCAGCAGAAGGUGACAAGAGCAACUCACAAACGUCUCAGGACAGAGAAGAAAGAGAUACGAGUAAAGAACGAAAUGACGGUAGUAAAAGUGAUGAACCAGAAGACAAUGUCACGGAACAAACUCAUCACAUAGUGGUGCCCAGUUAUUCUGCCUGGUUCGAUUACAAUUCGAUUCACACGAUCGAAAAGCGAGCUCUGUCUGAGUUCUUUAACGGAAAAAACAAAUCAAAGACGCCGGAAAUUUAUUUGGCCUAUAGGAAUUUUAUGAUAGACACAUACCGUCUGAAUCCUACGGAAUAUAUUACUUCGACUGCGUGUAGGCGCAAUUUAGCCGGUGAUGUCUGCGCGAUAAUGCGAGUUCAUGCUUUUCUUGAGCAAUGGGGUCUGAUAAACUAUCAGGUCGAUGCCGAGUCGCGACCAACCCCAAUGGGUCCUCCACCAACCUCUCACUUCCACGUGCUGUCGGACACGCCCUCGGGCUUGGCACCAGUUAAUCCCAAUCCGCCCAAGACACCGCAACCUCCCGCGGCUAAAACUCUCUUGGACCUUGAAAAGAAGCCUAUUCUCAACGAUGAGAAGAUUCCAGGAGCGGGAGCGAUGGCCAACUUUGGAUUAAAGAUCGAUCAGUAUUCGAAGAAGCCUGCAGUGCUCAAGAACAAGCAGGCUGCUGGAGCAACGCGUGACUGGACGGAGCAAGAGACGCUUCUGCUGCUUGAGGCUCUUGAACUGCAUAAGGAUGAUUGGAACAAGGUCUGUGAACACGUAGGCUCUAGGACUCAGGAUGAAUGCAUAUUGCAUUUCUUAAGACUGCCUAUUGAAGACCCAUAUCUCGAGGAGCCCGAAGGCUUGGGGCCGUUAGCCUACCAGCCCAUUCCUUUCUCCAAGGCUGGCAAUCCUGUUAUGAGCACCGUCGCGUUCCUUGCGUCAGUGGUCGAUCCAAGGGUAGCCGCAAGUGCAGCUAAGGCUGCAAUGGAAGAAUUUGCUGCAAUCAAAGAUCAAGUACCUGCAGCAAUAUUAGAUCAACAUUUACGAAAUGUACAGGCUAGCGCGAAUUCAGAUGGUAAAUUUGAUCCAGCUGCAGGAUUGGCUCAGUCUGGAAUUGCGGGUACCGGACCCCCAGAACCUCCAGAAGAAACAGCCAACGCUCAAAAUGCUUCCAGCCAAGCGGCAUCGGCUACAGCAACGUCGCCGACAUCAGCUUCAACGCCACCCGAAGGUAAAAAGGAUGAGCCGACCGAAAAAUCUAAGGAAGGCAGCAGUGAAGGUAGUCCGGCUGAAGCUACAGCCACAUCAACAACGACGGCGACAACAACGACGACAACAACAACGGAAAGUAGCGAGUCGGCCAGCAGUGCUAGUGCGCCACUCGCUACACCAAAGAAGGAGGUUGAAGGAACGGAAGCUGCUGAAGGUACAACUGAGCAGCAAUCGUCGCAGGAGCCUGAGAAAAUGGAGGUAGAUACAAAAGAGGGCGAGGAAGGCGAGUCCAAGACGAAGGUUGAUGGGGAAGAAGGAGAAGCUAAAGAAAAGAAAGAUAAGGUCGUUAGGGAUGCUCAACUACAAUCAGCGGCAGCUGCUGCUCUGGCUGCUGCGGCUGUCAAGGCUAAGCAUCUGGCUGCCGUCGAAGAAAGGAAAAUAAAAUCUCUCGUAGCACUACUCGUCGAAACUCAAAUGAAAAAACUUGAAAUCAAGUUACGUCACUUCGAAGAGUUAGAGACAACAAUGGAACGAGAACGCGAAGGUCUCGAAUAUCAGAGGCAGCAACUCAUUAAUGAACGACAACAGUUCCAUUUAGAACAGCUCAAAGCAGCUGAAUUCAGGGCGCGGCAGCAGGCGCAUCAGCGGUUGGCUCAAGAACAACAGCAGCAAGCUCAACAGCAAGCACAGCAGCAGCAAGCACAGCAGCAAGCACAGAACCAGCAUCAACCGCCUUGGCAGCCAGGAACUAAUCCACCCGGUCAAUCGCCGAUUCAAGCACCUAGCGGCGUGGUACAACAGCAGCAGCCGCCUCCGCCAGUGCCGCAGCAACAGCAAGGACAGCCACCAAGUCCACAAGCGCAACCACAUACGCCUCCACAGCAAGCGGUAUAAGGCUUCAUCAUAGACGCUUGAGUCAUUGCGCGGUAUAUUUUGUCGAGAAAGAGAGAGAGAGUUGUACAGAGGUAACCUACUGCUCACUGCUUCUAUUUGAAGAUUAUAGCAGUUAACAGGUAUACCAGAAAAAAGCUCAUUUCUUUCAUUGUAUUGGGGCGCCAAACGCGGGUAGAUUGUAUCUAAAUGACAGAGUUUUUUUUUAAUAAGAAAAAAAAGGAAUGAUAAGAGAUAAUCAUCAAUUUCAAGAGCUGAGCCACGGGCCAAAAAUGACAGCGUUUUUUGUCAUUCCGUUUAUUGUAGAUAUUUGACAGAUGUUGGGCUUAUCGGAAUUCUCAAAUUUGUACUACUAAAUAUGAAUUAUUUUAAUUUAAAGAUGAUUGUUUUUUUUCCUUAAA